AUGCGAUUGGUUGGAUGCUUGUUGCUGCCGACAGAUAUCCGGGCUUGUCUGUACGAACCAGGAAUGGGUGAAGGCAGAAUUCAGCCCUGGAUUCAGCCCUGGGCCUGGUCCCGGCAGGCCCAUCACUCCAGGCAACCCACCAGGCCGCUGGUGAUGAGGGAACCCUGCUACAUAGUCCAUAGCCACAGCUUGAUAUGGCAACAUUGUCACUUUAUUUUAUUCGAGUUCAAAACAGAUUCCAAACGCGCACAUUUCAAAAUUCGAAUAAGAGGUCCAUUUCACAUAACACAGUUUAGUCCCGAAACAGUCAGCCAGUUAACAUGUCGCAAAUAA